CGUCAGCAGCUCCGCAGUCGGUUAGUCGAACAGCUGUCAGUGUGUGUUUACUGUUGUGAUUCUGUGUAUUGUGACUGUGUGGUUGUAACUCGUGUAAAGAGUUGAAAAUAAGUUCAAGAUGUUUGUCAUCAGAAGCCGACGCUUUGGAAUCGCCAACAUUAAACUUGUAUCACUUUUAGAAGCAGCGGGCCAUCAAGAACGGCUUAUUGGCAAACCCAAAUUCACAACUAUGUAUCAAACGGCUCAAAUCGAACAUUCGUUGGAAAAUGUCAGAGUAGUAGACUUCCGUAGUGAUACUGUGUCCAAGCCCACGGACGCCAUGAGAAGAGCGAUGUACAACGCUGAGGUAGGCGAUGACGUCAUGGGAGAGGACACAACUGUCAACGCUUUGGAGGCGUUAGCUGCUAAUAUAUUUAAUAAAGAGGCCAGCAUCUUCUUAACAAGUGGAACAAUGGGGAACCUAAUAGCACUGAUGGCACAUUGUGACCGACGAGGCUGUGAAGUGGUGGUGGGAGACAAGAGUCACAUGCUACUGUGGGAGCAGUCAGGUGCAGCGCAGGUGGCAGGUGUGCAGAUGACGGCGGUUGCCAACCAACCAGAUGGCACCUGGAGUCUAGAGGAGAUGAUGUCCAAGCUGAGGGAUGGGUCUAACAUCCACACCACACAGACAGCACUCAUAUGUGUGGAGAACACACACAACUGGUGUGGUGGCCGGGCUCUUCCUCUACCAUGGCUGCAGAGGCUAGCCAAGAUAUCCCAUGACACCAAGAUCCCUUUACACAUGGACGGAGCGAGGGUGUUCAACGCUGCACUCAGCAGUGAAGUCUCGGUGGCCGAGCUUUGCAAAGACUUCUCCUCCGUCUCAGUCUGCCUCAGCAAAGGCUUGGGGGCUCCCAUUGGAUCCAUGUUGGUCGGUGACAAAGCUUUCAUUGACAAGGCCCGGCGGCUGCGGAAGGUGCUUGGUGGUGGAUGGAGACAAGCAGGUGUUGUCGCUGCUGCAGGAAUGUACGCAUUGGAACACAUGGUGCAGAGACUACCAGUGGACCAUCAGCGAGCCAAGAAAAUAGCUCAAGCAAUCGUGUCUACCGGAACUCGCCUCAUAUCUCUUGACUUGGACAGAGUACAAUCCAACAUGGUGUUCAUGAACUUUAAUACUCCUUUGCUGACGGCAUCUGAUUUCUGUCAUAGGCUGUACAAGGUGACGAAGGAGGAGCUAGACUUCUUCGGUGAGGAGAAUCCAUGUGUUAUCAAACUGUUCACAAUCUCUGCCACGGAGGUGAGGAUGGUGUUGUGCUGUAACAUCACUGACGAUGACGUCACGGCCGCCAUCAACAAGUUACAGUUCGUCAUCCGAGAGUUUGACUCCAAGGAAGAUACGCUGACGUAACAGCCUGAGCAAUACAAUCACUGAUCUGUAAGCGAGCUAACAGUGCGUUAAAUAUGACGUCUGCUGACAUGUUAGAUCUUGCGAGUACCUGAGCCCGAGUAUUGUGAUCGCAUUGAGAAGUGAAUAUGUCCUUUGUUAAGCUGUAUAGAUGUGAAAUAAUUUAAAAUCGUCUUUAUCGAGGAAAUAUUGAAUUUGCGAAUCGAUUGCACCUUGGUUAGCAAAUAUCUUCAGAAAUAUGGUGUAUACUUUGUGUCAGUUGCUUAUAUUUGUUAUAAACUGCUGUGAGAGGAUAAUAUUUCAGACUAGGCAUACUGUGAUGGAUGAGUAUAUCAGUUCAACAUUAGAUUAAUAAGUGUUUGUUCAGUAUUUAUCUAUGUAAGUUUUUUGUUUAAGUUCAUAAAAUAACUUCUAUUAUACACAAAAAUAUAGUUUUUUUUCAAUGAUUAUAGGUUAAGGUUGUAAAACACAUUUAGUACACUAGCCAAAUAAUUAGGUUAUCGAAUAGUAAACUAAUUUAUGCACUGUGUAUCCAUUAUUGACCAUAGUUAAUUAGUGAACCACCACCAUUAGUCCAUGGAACAUUUACCGUACUAGAUAUUAACAUUUUUAAAAAAUCUAUUGAAUAAUUUUAGGAACAUUUAGUUAGGUAAGUGAAUUCCAGAUUUUUUAUAUCCAAAAAAAUCCAUUUUUAUUUUUGUUAGAAGAUUUAAAUAUUUUUUUAUACAUAAAUAUUGAGGUGUUUGUAAAUAUUUUUAUUUUAUUGCAGUUUUAGUUUUAUAAUAUUGUUUUAAAAUUAUUUGUAAUGUUGUACUAAUAUUUUAUACGUUUGUUGUAUUAGCUUUUAUAUGAUAAGUAAUCGUUGUUCUGAUAAUAUUUUUGAUUAUAUAGAAGUAUAUAAAUAAUAAGUAAAUAAAAUGCAAUUUAACUAUUUACAUACUAGUAGUUUUAUUGGAAAACAUUCUCAAUUAAUAAAAUUAAUCUUUAAAAAGUAUCAUCGUAAGCGGAAAAAUGUAAAGGUUCGAAAUGAGAAAACAAAAUAAUACACAGCCAUAAUUGAGAAAUAAAAAAAUAAUAACGUAAUCAUUUUAAAUAAUUUCUGUUUGUUCAUCCCUACUCUGUUUGAAUGUACGUAUUAUAAAUAUGACGAGUUUAUAUGACAACCAUUUGCUGUGAACGACUGCGAGAUACCCGACCCGACUAACGAGGAUGGGCCAGUCGUUUCAACACCAACAAUCUCAUUCGUGUAACGCGUGUUUGCAUAUAGACUAGCUUGUUUUCGCAAACUUGUAAAACGGUAGAGAGAUUUUCAAACAAAAUGAGAUGAGCUGGGUUUUAAGUUUCUUGAUACAUUGGCUUAACCCUUAUAAUCCUAAAAAUAAAUGUUCCCUUGGCAAAAGUGGUAGAACAGCUUAGAAUAGCAGGUUUGUCCUUCUCUAGUAGAAGGAUGAUUAUUGAUUAAUCAUUAUAAAUACAAUAAAAUAUAUUGAAUUUACA